ACAACAAAAUCAAAAUAAAUCAACAAUUUAAUCAGUUCCUAUCCCUUAACCAGCUGCCACCAAAAUGUAACGUGUUUUAUCUAAACAAAAUACCGGGUUCUUUUUAAGGGAUAUAAAUAUAUUAAUUUUACUUCUACUCUUCCUGAGUACAAUGAUUAAACUUGAUUUACAAUUGAUUGGAGGCGAAUUUAAACUACUUAGUAUUGUUUAACUGGGAUACUUAUCCCCGCGUGCCUUGGUAAAGGGUUCUUAAUAUUACAGGAAGUCAGGCGCCUCAGUCAUAUAGACUUACUACCUCCCGACAACCAAUUAAGAUUCCAAUUCCAAUUACCGCUGAGGAGUAUUCCUUCCCCUAGUCUGUCUACUUACAACCUCACAAAUUACUUCUAUCAGGUUUCUAUUACCUUCCAGGUCUUGCGGGUUCUUCUGAGAGCUGUGCGUUUCAGACCCUCUCCUAAUCUGCUAGAUGUGUCUGUUUAUAUACCCUUGGGAGAGUUUACUUCCAAGGGGGGACCAGGUCAUUCCAUUUCAAUGGGUGUACUCUAUUACGUGUACGGGUAUGCUUUAUUACUUAAACUUCAUGGGUGUGUUUCUCUGCUUGUCACUACCCCUAUUCCGUUUCAAUAUAUUUAUAUGUUAAUCGUACAAUACAAUUUGCAUUAUCCACCGUUCCCGGAAGGCAAGUCAUUGGUAACGACUGCCACUUCACACUCGCGUUGCUUAUACAACUUUUUCCUGCUUCUGUGCAAAAGUGCACAGUUACUUGUAACACUCAAUGAAUGCAGGAUGGAAUUGAGUAGAUCAGGGUUGUUACUUAGAGGUAGGUGUCGUAUGGUGGUCGGAGGAGCGUCGUUAGGGCGGAGAUUUUGCGCAGUGGCCUCUAGCUCUGUCCUUCGUACAUGUAGGGAGAAUAAUCCAAAGUCUUCUGAUGAGCGAUUAGGUGCCGCGUCACAAAAUGUCAACAAAAAACUAACGUGGCAACCCAACAAAAUAGUUGUGCAAUGUCGUCUCAAAAAUGAGAAUAGCAAGCUACCUGUGGAAGUAAACGUGUUUGACAAUGAAUUGGGACACGGUGCCCCUACAGUGGUCAUGUUGCUGGGGCUGGUCGGCAGUGGGGACGAUUUCCGGUCAAUGGUGACCUAUUUAAGCUCUGCUGGGAUCAGAUGUGUGGCUCCGGAAAUACCAGGAUUUGGAGAGAGUUUGAUAUCGAGAUCUGAUAUCUACAAUCUCGACUUUACAUCUUUUGGGCAAUGUCAGAUGUUGGCUGAUAUACUCAGAGGGUGGGGCAUCACAAGAAUAGACAGUGUGAUAUCCCAUAGUGCUGCAUCUUGGUUAGCCGUAAGGUUUGGAGCUUCUACCCAGAAUGUUAGGUCUCUGUCCCUAAUUAACCCAAUGAGCAUCCGUCCAAAUAAGGCAAUGAGACCCUAUGCGUGGACAAAACUGGUUGGAGCAGCAGCGAGAAAUCGUGUUUUUUGGCCAGUUGUUGACUCUUAUAUAGAGAUUGGGGCUCGUAGAUCAGGCUUCAAGAUCCCCGCACACAGGCAGAGACAGAAGUUUGUAGGUCUUGAGGCAGUGUCUACUGUUGAUUUUAAUGCGGUUACGGAGGAUGUGAUAGCAAUCCGAGAAAAGCGACUUCCGGUGUCUGUUGCCUGGAGUCGAAACGAUAAAAUGAUAGAAGAGAAGCUGUCACGUGAUCUCCUAAACACUUUGGGCAUACAUCAAGACGUAAAGAAAAAUCAAGAUCAAGGUUCGACGAUAUACAAGGAGGAACUAGUGUUUGAAAGUGGCGGACAUGUCCUUCAUCAAAAGCACGCUAAAUCAAUAUCUGAAAACAUCAUCGCCAUGCUUCAGACUGUGUUCUGAUUCCAAUGCGUCAGUAAUAAAUAAUCUAUCUAGUUAUGUUUAAAUAAUGAAUUCGAAGCACAAAGUUAUCUACAUAAUGUUAAUUUGGUGGAGUUUUUUUCACGGAAAUAAUUGAUGAACUAGGAAUUUCCGGAGCAAGUAUUUCUCAGAAUAUUUGUCAAUGUUGAAUGAAGAAUCGAAUGUGAUGAUUAAAUGAAGCCAAGAUAA